CAGUCUAGCAAUCGGCGCGUUCGCCGAAACCAUUUGAUGCGAGCGAUGAUGUAGUCAUGGUGCUGGAGAACUUGAGGUGGAUCUUGAGGUUGGCGGUCUUGCGUCAAGCAGGUAUAAAGGUGAACGACCUACUUGAAGAUAAAUCAUCCUCUAAAUAUCUACACAGGUCAAGAUGCUCAUUUCUAGCAUUGUGUCUGCCUCGCUCGGCUUCUGUAGCCUACUUGGCUCUGCAGUAGCCUACACAAAUCCUAUCCGCAACCCAGGAGGCGGCGACCCACAGAUAUCAUGGUUUGACGGCUACUAUUACUUCAUCUCUACGGAGUGGACCAACCUUCAACUCGCACGGGCCACGACCAUCGAAGGAUUGAAGACUGCAACACCGAAGAUUAUCUACGAGGACACCACCCCAAAUCGAUGCUGUAGUGUCUGGGCGCCCGAAAUCCACUACUUUGAUGGGACAUGGUACCUCUACUACACAGCUGGCAAUGCAAACAAUCUGGAUGACCAACGCAUGCACGUGCUGAAGGGCGGUGCAUCGCCCUGGGACGCAUGGACCUACGCCAACCAGGUCACGGAUGAUUGGUCUCUCGACGGCACCGUGGUCCGCUUCAACGAGUGGGGCAACUAUUUCGUCUACUCAUGCAUGACCGGCGUACCACACCAGUCUACCUGCGUCCGCAAACUGAACAGCGACUUCAUCUCGGCCGGCGCCAACAUCAGUAUCAUCUCGCAGCCCGACCAGCCAUGGGAGCAGUCCGAGGUGCCCGUUCAGGAAGGCCAGUACGGCCUCUAUUUCGGCGGCAAGACGUAUAUCGCGUACUCCGCGAACUAUUGCUGGACGCCCGACUACUGCGUUGCGUUGCUCGAAUGGGAUGGUGUCAGCGAUCCGGCGGCGGCGACGGCGUGGAAGAAGAGCGACGGCUGCUCGUUGACACAGGCGAACGGCAACUUUGGCACGGGGCACAACAGCUUCUUUACCAGCCCAGAUGGCAACACAACGUACAUCACUUACCAUGCUACUUCUGUUGCGGGUGGUGCGUGCGAUGACCGCCGAUAUGUCAUGGUGCAGCCCGUCAGUGCUAGGGAAGAUGGAACCCCCGACUUUGGUGUGCCGCAGGCCUUCGGGACCGAGUAUGCGGAACCUGGUCAGUAAAUUUAGGACUGGAUGUUUGAGUUUGUCGGUAUAUGAAUCAAUUUCACAUCAGGGCUGGUCGCCCACCUUUGAUCGGCAUAGGCACAAGCUGGCAAUUCUUUUUGACUUAAUCCCGCCAACCAGGAGCCUUGGGAUCGUUUGACUGGCAGAUGAAGACUCUGGGCACGGUACCAUUCCG